UUCAAAACAACCUUCAAAUAAUUUGACUUCUUUGCAAAAUUAUUUGUUUACAAACAAUUUACCACGUUUUCCAAUGUCUGAGAAAAAGAAAGCCCUCUUCAUAUGCUUAGGUAACAUCUGCCGGUCUCCCAUCGCCGAGGGAGUGUUCCAGAAGACAGUUAACGACUUGAACAUUGGGGAUCAGUGGGAGAUAGACAGUGCGGCUAUCGGCGGCUGGCACGUCGGCAACCCGCCCGACUGGCGAGCACUAGACACUAUGAAGAAACACGGAGUACCCUACACAAAUACAGCUAGACAGAUAACAUCAGCAGAUUUUAAUCAUUAUGAUUUCAUAUUCGGCAUGGACGAAGCCAACAUGAGAGACCUGAAUAAGAAAGCGCCAAAGGGAUCCAAAGCGAAAUUGCUACUGUUCGGAGAUUUUGACCCUCAGGGUGACAGAAUAAUUAGGGAUCCUUAUUAUGACAGUGACGCGUCGGGCUUCGAGAAAUGCUACCAACAGUCAGUCAGGUGUUCAAAAGGAUUCUUGGAGCAUUUAGAAAAGGACACCGACGUCCACGGCUUCGAGAAAUGCCACCAUCACGACCAAUAGUCUUCCAUAGCAGGGAAUACCAGUAAAUGUAAUGCUAGAGAAUAACGAAUUUCAAUAAUUAUUCUAAAUAGAAUAUUAUAUUAUAUACAAGAAGUACAAAUAGGCGUAAAAUAUU